AUGAAAGCCGUUCGCGUCGUCGGUUAUCACCAGAACUUACAACUGGAUGAAGUUCCUGAACCAAAAAUUUCUUCUCCGCUGGAUGUCAUUGUCCAAAUUGGUGCUGCUGGCGUCUGUCGCACCGAUCUGCACAUCCUGGAAGGCCAGUGGGAGAAGAAAAAUUCCGGAGUGAAACUACCAUACACGAUCGGGCACGAAAAUGCUGGCUGGGUCCAUGCCGUGGGCGACGCAGUCACGGGACUGCAAGUCGGCGACAAGGUCAUCUUGCAUCCGCUCGUGACCUGCGGAUUGUGUCCAGCGUGUCGAUUUGGGAACGACGUACACUGCGAGAAUAGCUCUUUUCCUGGCAUCAAUUGCGAUGGCGGCUAUGCCGAGUACCUCAAGACUGGUGCCCGGAGCGUGAUCAAGCUAGACCCCUCGCUUGAACCGACUGACGUGGCCGCACUCGCCGACGCGGGUUUAACUGCUUACCAUGCCGUUUCUAAAGCAGCACGUCAGCUAAGACCGGGCAAUGUGGUCGUUAUGAUUGGUGCUGGCGGGCUCGGCCAUAUUGCAAUCCAGGUAAUGAAAGCCAUCAGCGCGGCAACGAUUGUGGUCGUGGAUCGUAACCCGGACGCAUUGGCACUGGCCAACAAGCUCGGUGCAGACCAUGUCGUGCAGGCCAGAGAGGAUGAUCGGUUAGUCAAAGACGUCAUGGCUCUGACUAAGGGUAAGGGAGCGGAGGCGGUGAUUGACUUCGUGGCGGAGGAUGGUUCGACCGCAACGGGUAUCCGCAUGCUUCGUCGGGCAGGCUCCUAUUACGUCGUUGGAUAUGGCGAGAACAUCGACGUCCCGACUAUCGACAUCAUUUCAACCGAGAUCAACUUCAUCGGGAAUUUAGUGGGCUCCUACAAUGACCUGGCGGAGCUGAUGGCGCUGGCCGCCCAGGGCAGAGUAGUGUUGCACACGGCCAUAUACAAGCUUGAGGAGUUCCAGCGGGCUCUAGAUGAUCUGUCAGCCGGCAAGGUUCGUGGGCGAGCUAUCCUGGUACCUUGA